AUGGCAUCAACUAAUGCUGGUCUAUGCCAAGGCAACAUGACAUGGUGCUUCAAAGUCAGAGGCAACAACUACCAUUGGGUCAUAGACCUUUACCAAAGGCUGAACCUUCCAGUAAUUCCAGCAGCGGUUGAAGCACUCAUCAAAUGUGUACAGGAUCGUGCGGCUGAAUUGAAUAAACAACAAACAGAAGCAAGGAAGCAACAGCGAAUAAGAAUGAAAGUAGCCAGAACAGAAGAUCAGGAGGCGAGGAAAAAGUGGGUGAAACAGCAGGCAUUUAGACACACUUAUGGAGGAGAUUCAGAAGAUGAAGGAGAUGAUGAUGGCCAGCUAGUUUCAGACGUGAAUGAAAUACUUGGAAACGAAGAUGAUCUGUUAGUUGUGAGUGGAAGAAAGUGUCGUUGUGGAUCGACCCGUCACCAGCGGACAUCACAUAAAGAUUGCCCUUUGAACAAGAAACCUAAAAAGUGA